UAGGAGGUGCUCUAUGAAGCAUGGGGUGAAAUCUCAACAGGUUAACCAAGGGUGUAAUUUUUUACGAAAGCAAAAGUUUAGACAUCAUUAUUUCAAUAACAAAAUCAUUAUUUCUAACCGAGUCAAUUAUGAUUUCCUAUUCAAACGCAUGUUAUGUAUAGAAAACAAGGGCAAUUCUAUGUGACACCAAACUUUUGAACAGUUUGUACGUUUUCAUGUGGAGUACUGGAGUAAACUAAUUACAUUGUGUGAGCGCCCCUACUCGUGCGCGCGCAGUCCUUCAUUCACAGAUAGAACGUUCACCGUUUGGUCUACAAGUUACCAUCUAGACCAGCUCGUGUAGAUCGGUUCAUAACAACAGUUAGCAACCAUUUAUUGUCAAAUAUUUCGUCUUCUUCAUGAUGAGAUUAUCAACACUACGCCACGCUUCUCGCUGCCUUCCGUCUUCUUCUGCGCAUCCACCCUACAGCGGAGGCAGGGUGAUCGGCUUUGGAAGGCGAUGCCUGCCGGUAGAUGAUUCAGCCAGGAGCUGGUUAGUUCAGCGAGCAACUAGCUCCAAAAGCGGCAGAAGUUCGGAAGCAGUGCUCAAUUCUGAGAGACGGAAAAGGAAAAAUUAUGGACUUGGGCAAGAAAAUAUCCUCAGGGAGAUUGUUCAAAAAACCAAAGAAGAGAUGGUGAUCUUGCAGAGGGACCAACUUAGCCCAAUGCUAGCCAUCAUACAGGCAGGUGAAGAUGACAGCCUGCUUGAAAUGAACAAGAAAAUGGCUGGAAAGAUUGGCCUGAAUAUUACUCAGAUCUGUCUGCCCAGAGAGUGCACUGAGGAUGAGAUCAUUGAGGAGGUGCUACGUCUAAAUGAGGACCCCAGGGUGCACGGUGUGUACCUCCACCUCCCCCCUGCCUCCCUCACCAGCAGGGUGCUCGACUCCCUCAAGCCCAACAAAGAUGUGGACGGUGCGACUGACCUGAACAUAGGCCGUCUGGUACGAGGGGACGAGACCCAGGGCUUUGUGCCACCCGUGGCCAGAGCUGUCAUGGAGCUGCUGGCCAGACAUGACGCUCCUCUGGAGGGGAAGACAGUGGUGCUGGUGGGGGGUGAAGGAGCCCUGGGUGUGGCCCUGCAGUGCCUGAUGCAGAGAGGCAACAUGCUGGUCCUCAACAGCACCUCAGGCCGGCUCCAGAAACAGGUGGUGCAGGCCGACGCCGUGGUCCUCCUGGGGCCUCACAUGGAUGUCCCACCCAGCUGGCUGAGGCCCGGGGCUGCUGUCAUCCACUGUAGCCCCGCCCUGACGGCGGGUACCACAGAUGGUGAUGGAUUAGAGAGCUCUUCCUGGUCAGAGGUGGGGCCUCUGUCCGCAGCCCUCAGAAUGCAGAACGUGGUGCGUAGCGGCCGUCGUUGGCUGCAGGAGCAGCAGUACAGACCCUGGAGGCUCCGCAGCCUCAAGCUGCAGCCUCUGUCCCCCGUGCCCAGUGACAUUGAGAUCUCCCGCGCCCAGACCCCCAAGCCCAUGGGUCAGCUGGCUGAGGAGGUGGGCCUGCUGCCCAGCGAGCUGGAGGCCUACGGGAGCACCAAGGCCAAGGUCCGCCUCUCGCUGCUGGACCGCCUGCAGGGCCAGCCCGACGGGAAAUACGUCCUGGUGGCCGGCAUCACUCCCACCCCGCUUGGCGAGGGGAAAAGCACGGUGACCAUCGGCCUGGUGCAGGCCCUCUCCGCCCACCUCAAGCUCAACUCCUUCGCCUGCCUCCGACAGCCCUCCCAGGGGCCCACCUUUGGGGUCAAAGGGGGCGCUGCGGGAGGGGGCUAUGCCCAGGUCAUCCCCAUGGAGGAGUUCAACCUUCAUCUGACAGGCGACAUUCACGCCAUCACCGCAGCCAAUAACCUCGUAGCAGCAGCCAUUGAUGCCCGGAUUCUCCAUGAGGCCACCCAAUCAGACAAGGCCCUGUACAACAGACUAGUUCCUCCAGUGAACGGAGUCCGGCGUUUCUCACCCAUUCAGAUCGCCAGGCUGCGACGUCUGGGCAUCAGUGAGACCAACCCCAGCUCUCUCACGCCCCAGGAGGUCAGCUCCUUCGUUCGCCUCGACCUCGACCCCUCCAAGGUCACCUGGCAAAGAGUGGUGGACACCAACGACCGCUUCCUGAGACAGAUCACCGUGGGACAAGCCAGCACUGAGAAGGGCCACGUCAGACAGACCCAGUUUGACAUCGCUGUGGCCAGUGAGAUCAUGGCCAUCCUGGCCCUGACCGACGGCCUGGGCGACAUGAGGAGAAGACUGGGCUGCAUGGUGGUGGGCAGCAGCCGCAGUGGACAGCCCAUCACUACAGAGGACCUGGGUGUGAGCGGUGCGUUGGCAGUACUGAUGAAAGAUGCCAUCAAGCCCACUCUGAUGCAGACCCUCGAGGGUACUCCAGUGUUCGUCCACGCUGGGCCCUUUGCCAACAUCGCCCAUGGCAACUCCUCCGUGCUGGCAGACAAGCUGGCAUUGAAGCUGGUUGGACAGGACGGCUAUGUUGUGACUGAAGCAGGGUUCGGGGCAGACAUUGGGAUGGAGAAGUUCUUCAACAUUAAGUGCCGGGCCUCCAAGCUGCAGCCCAACGUGGUGGUUUUGGUGGCCACGGUCCGAGCCCUGAAGAUGCAUGGGGGUGGGCCCAACGUGUCAGCAGGAUCCCCUCUGCCUAGAGAGUACACAGAUGAGGUAGGGACUGGACUUGGGGCACACUUUCUGAAUCUCUUUCUGAACCUAAAAUGCAGGAAGUUGUCAUUUUCAAUAACUAAAAUACUGAAAUAAUGGUAACAUGAGUCCCCGAAUGGCCCUCUAAGUGGAUAUGUUCAAGUAA